UAGCUAGAUUGGAAUACUCGAAAAAAAUAAAUAAAUAAACAUGUCUCGAGUGCUUCUAGACGAUCAAUUGUAUCUCAACAAAGAGAAAUUUAUUAGCUUUGCAUCGAAUCAGUUGCCUCUCCGUCGAGAGGAUGAAGCCAUUUUGAAGAAGUUUCUCGACUUGUCUAAGAUCAUCAUGGAUAGUCAGACAACUAAGUUAUUAUUACGUGAGAAUGGGCAGGAAAGAAUUUCCAAGAGAAGUGAUUUUGAAUCAAAUCCUGUAAUACAAGGCCAUGCUUCCAGCAUAUAUCGAAAGAUGAUAUCCCUUCAAGAUGGGAAAACUAAUUACGAUGCGAAGACAUGGGAGAUUCUUGAAUCAAGUUCAGAAAUGCCCUUGAAAACUAAGGGCAUACUAACCCUAAUUUCUUUUGCUGUUAUGUUUGGAAAGCUGCGGUUGGUCAUCGUGGCCAACGAGCGCGAUGAGCUCGCCAAGAACAUCGUGAUUCUCCAGAAACAGCCGUAUAAACAAGACACGAGCGAUGCGAAUUGGCUGAAUUAUAUCAGUAAAGUCACCAACCUUACACUGAAACUGGCUUACAAAGUUAUGGAUUUGAAGGAGAAUGAGCUCAACAACAACAGGGAACAAUACAAUCUCGUUCUAUCCACGGCUGUGUAUAGAAUCAUCCGAAUCAUGCUUAUUUGUUGGGCACAAGUGGUUCAAAUGUUGAUCAAGAAUAAUAGAAAGGAUGUGUAUACUUAUUUGUUCGAGCUUGAGAAUUGGGAAAGGACCCUUGGGGAUAAAUGUCAAGAAAUCGAUACCAUAAUCCCGGUUAAAGAACAACCCUCUGAUCAAACUCCCAAACUUAAUGAAGAAAGCCGUCUCAGUUUGGGUCCAAAAGACACAAGAUUUUGGCAAAAGCUGUGCCAGAUUAUAUAUCUAAGGUGUGAUUCAUAAUACCUACGAACUCCAUUGUUGUACACAAAUAUUUUUUAUCCAACUAUCAAGAAAAAUGUGUAUCAUCUUCACCUUCGUGUGUAAAAUAAUAUCCGUCAAAAUUAUGUCAGUUUUUAUUUUCUAAUUAUCUCCCAAAUUUAUGUAUAAUUUAUAUAUAAUACAA